UUAGAAUUGUAGUGCAAAAUGAGCAUCCUAUAGUCUUCCACAAAACUACAGCACCUAACUAAACCAGUAGGAAACUUUCCCUGCGGUUUCUCAAGUUAACUAAUAAUCCAGAGAACUUUACUUUCAAAUUUUCAAUUCCUCUGACUCGUUCAGUCUUCUUCGUAGUCUUGCACGCGAAGCAAAAGCCAGAUUUCAAUUUCAGGUUACUGUUGCAUUAAGGAACUCAAAAUCUCUGAAGUUUAUGAAGCUAUAGUUGAGAGAUGAGUCAGAAUCAGAAAGGGUUAAUUUAUAGCUUUGUAGCAAAAGGAACAGUUGUUUUAGCGGAGCACACGCCAUAUUCUGGCAACUUCAGUACCAUUGCUGUGCAGUGCUUACAGAAGCUGCCUUCUAAUAGCAGCAAGUACACAUACUCUUGUGAUGGGCUUACCUUCAACUUCCUCCUUGACACUGGAUUCGUUUUUCUUGUCGUUGCGGAUGAAUCAUUAGGGAGGAGUGUGCCCUAUGUGUUUCUUGACAGAGUCAAGGAUGACUUCAAACAGCGUUACGGUGCAAGUAUCAGAAGUGACAACACCCACUCUCUUGCUGAUGAUGACGAUGAAGAUGAUGAUUUAUUUGGAGAUCGGUUUAGUAUUGCAUACAAUCUUGACCGAGAAUUUGGCCCAAAGCUCAAAGAUCACAUGGAAUAUUGUAUGAAUCAUCCAGAUGAAAUUAGUAAGCUGUCCAAACUGAAGGCUCAAAUAACAGAGGUCAAAGGAAUAAUGAUGGACAACAUUGAGAAGGUUUUAGAUCGUGGUGAGAGGAUUGAAAUACUGGUGGAUAAAACGGAAAACCUUCAGUUCCAGGCUGACAGCUUCCAGAGGCAGGGUAGACAACUGCGACGUAAGAUGUGGCUACAGAACCUCCAAAUGAAGCUGAUGGUAGGAGGAGCCAUCCUUGUCCUAAUUGUCAUUCUGUGGCUUAUAGCUUGUGGAGGCUUCAAAUGUUGAUGAGAGUAAACUAUACAUUCGUAUGAGUUGGUUGCUUUCUUAUUUGAUGUACAAAGAAUUACUACGUACAUGUUCUUAUAUUUGAAGACUGACUGCUGAAAUUUGAAAACAUUGAUAAUUAAAACCCGUAAUGAUAAUUAAAAGGUUAAUAAUUUGAUAUGCA